AUGCACGCCACAAUCCUCUCACCACGCGCCACUCUCUUCCCCUGUAAACCCCUCUUCCCUCCCCACAAUGUCCACGACUCUCUCCGCCGCCGACCAACCAUCUCCUGCUCCGUCCAACCCGUAACCGCCGACCCCUCCCCCACAGACACCAACAAGCUCAACAAGUACAGCUCAAGAAUCACCUCCCCCAAGUCCCAAGGCGGGUCACAAGCCAUCCUCCACGGCGUGGGCCUAUCCGACGACGAUCUCCUGAAACCCCAGAUCGGUAUCUCGUCGGUUUGGUACGAAGGGAACACGUGCAACAUGCAUCUGCUGAAGCUGUCGGAGGCGGUUAAGGAGGGAGUGGAGAAGGCUGGGAUGGUUGGGUUUAGGUUCAAUACGAUAGGUGUGAGUGAUGCUAUCUCGAUGGGGACGAGAGGGAUGUGUUUUAGUUUGCAGUCUAGAGAUUUGAUUGCUGAUAGUAUUGAGACUGUUAUGAGUGCUCAGUGGUAUGAUGGCAAUAUUUCUAUCCCUGGUUGUGAUAAAAAUAUGCCUGGAACGAUUAUGGCCAUGGGAAGGCUUAAUAGACCAGGGAUUAUGGUUUAUGGUGGAACCAUCAAGCCUGGACAUUUUCAAGAGAAGACAUAUGACAUAGUAUCUGCUUUCCAGAGUUAUGGAGAAUUUGUUGGUGGAUCUAUAAGUGAUGAGCAGAGAAAGACUGUACUUCAUAAUGCUUGUCCUGGAGCUGGAGCAUGUGGUGGCAUGUACACAGCUAACACCAUGGCUUCUGCAAUCGAAGCUAUGGGAAUGUCUCUUCCUUACAGCUCUUCGAUACCUGCUGAAGACCCGUUGAAAUUGGACGAGUGCCGGUUAGCUGGAACGUACCUUGUAGAAUUGCUAAAGAUGGACUUGAAGCCUCGUGACAUUAUCACUCCAAAAUCACUUCGUAAUGCGAUGGUUACAGUCAUGGCUCUUGGGGGAUCGACCAACGCUGUAUUGCAUCUAAUUGCUAUUGCCAGGUCUGUGGGUUUGGAACUGACGCUUGACGAUUUUCAGAAGGUCAGCGACGCGGUUCCGUUUCUAGCAGACCUUAAACCAAGUGGGAAAUAUGUUAUGGAAGAUAUACAUAAGAUUGGUGGUACACCAGCUGUUCUUCGUUAUCUAUUAGAAGCUGGAUUUAUGGAUGGAGAUUGUAUCACAGUCACAGGGCAGACUUUGGCUCAAAAUUUAGAAAAUGUACCUCGUUUGCCAGAAAACCAGGUUAUUAUUAGACCUGUGUCAAACCCAAUCAAGGAGACUGGACACAUCCAAAUCUUGAGAGGAGACCUUGCACCAGAGGGUUCUGUAGCAAAGAUAACCGGCAAGGAAGGGUUAUAUUUCUCUGGUCCGGCACUUGUAUUUGAAGGAGAGGAAUCUAUGCUGGCUGCUAUAUCAGCAGACCCAAUGAGCUUUAAAGGGACAGUGGUUGUUAUCAGAGGAGAAGGUCCUAAAGGAGGUCCAGGCAUGCCUGAGAUGUUGACACCAACAAGUGCAAUAAUGGGUGCCGGUCUUGGAAAAGAGUGUGCAUUGCUGACUGAUGGUAGGUUCUCGGGUGGGUCACACGGUUUUGUUGUUGGCCACAUUUGCCCUGAAGCUCAGGAGGGUGGUCCAAUAGGUCUGGUAAAGAACGGAGACAUAAUCACAAUUGACAUAGGAAAGAAGAGAAUAGACACACAAGUCUCACCCGAAGAAAUGAAUGAGCGUAGAAAGAAAUGGACUGCUCCUGCUUACAAGGUUAACCGUGGAGUUCUAUACAAGUACAUCAAGAACGUGCAAUCGGCUUCAGCUGGAUGUGUGACUGAUGAGUAAGCGAGAGAUCUUGGAGCUGGUUUGUCAAUGAACAGCAGCAGAAAGUAGUGUUGUUUUCAUGAAGGGAAAUUCUAUGGCUUCUUAUUGUAUUUUUUAGUAUUGUUGUUAGCUUUUAGAUCAUGUUACUCUGUUCUCUGGUCUUGAUUGAUCAUUAGCUAUUUGGAGAGUUUGAUAUCAAAUUUGGUUUCUCAUUAUUAUCAUAAUAAAAAGCUUGUGAUAGUAGUGUUGCG